UUUAACUCCCUUUUACUAUUAGAUCAAUUUAGACGGAGACAAACUGAGCAUCAGCCAUCAGUGGUAAAAUGCCCUGCACCGCGCCACGGCCACUUCUUGGCUUUUCUACAACACCUGCCUGUCACUAUACGCCUCAAGGGGUCUGGAUAAUUCCUUUCUAUCCAUCAUCAACUGUGAUGUUUGGUGCGAGCACAGAAGCGAAAGACGUCAUGCUCCAAAUACUCGCAGUUGGAUUUUACAUAUAGCUUUACAUAAAUUUAACGACAAUUUUCUCUUUGUUUGUACGACCGGAAAUUUGUGGUUUUGCAUGUGUUGUUUACUGCAUGCAGUUCCAUGCAUUGCCCGACAAUAUAUGAUGUGAUACAUCGAGAAUUCUUUUCACAUUUUCUAUUGCUACAACUGACAUAUAGAAAGAGUGACGUGACUGUAAUCGUAAUCAACAAGCUAUACCUUUUGCUAGCAGUAUAUAUGGACAAAAUGUGCAAGUGUCACCGAAUCACAGCGUUUCUUUCAAAACACUUUCUUCCAGUCGGAACAUUAUUUAUCAUUCCUCUUGGAAUUUGCUUUCCAAUUCCCGCGUAUACCUCAACAGCAAACUUCCCGUGGUACAGAUGUGUAUUGUCACAUUGUUUUUCGUCAUCGGAGCGAAAUUUCGUUUAACAGAGAUUCGAUCUGCGCUCCGUUGUUUUAAGGAGACGCUUUUAGGGAUAAUCGUUGUUCUGUUUGUCACUCCGGUUGUUGGAACCAAGUUAUUGACGUUGCCUAGUUUCCGAGAUUUCGCCCAGUCUGGUUUGAAAGCAAAUGAGACAUUGAACAACAGCUGGUCAAUACAAUUACCAGAUCUUGGUCCGGAGGAAUUUCGAAUUGGUCUACAGAUAUUUUGUGUCUCUCCAUGCGCAUCUGCUUUUCCAACGGUUGUGGUGACAGAAGCAAAUGGGGACCGAGCAUUGACAUUACUGAUUGCAAUAAUUGCCACCGUCAUAUCAGUCUUUACAGUUCCAGUCAUGACAACAUGGUUAAUACCAGCAUUUCAGACCGCCAGUGUCAGUUUUCUCACUAUAUUACCUGGAGUGGUUUUGUACAUUCUUUUACCUUUGAUUGUGUACAAUGCGUGCUAA